AUGGAUGAAGGUGACGAUAGGGAGAUCAAGUUACAGAGAGCUUCUGGUGACUUGGUCAGAGAAUUCUCCGCCAAGCUGCCAUCUCUACUCUGGAAACCGCGGAAUGAGGAAAGACAGAGUAUUCGAGUCCCACGAAGAUGGACGCAGGCUGCCAAGGCAGAGAGACUUAUAAACCUUCUUGAGCCUUUUCAAGAAUGGCCGCAGCUGCUAGACCCGCAUCUGCAGGCGCUUCUGCCUCCUCUGGUGGAUGCCUUCCUUGCCUACCUGGUCAAGUAUCGUGACCAAUAUGGCUCUAAAGCCCCCAAGUCUGAGCACCAGGUACUGUAUACCUUGCCAAGGGCCAUCUGUCGGCUUCUCUAUACCUUUUGCAAGGUCCGCGGGGUCAAAGUUAUCAGUCGCUUUUUGAACAAUGAGCCCAAGUACCUUGAUCCUAUGUUGCGGGCGUUCAUCGAGUGGGAUGCACUCGCUGUGGGUGAAUCUUAUGGGGAAAAUCCGCGACAGUUAGUUUGGGAGGAGCGCUACGUGAUGCUGAUCUGGCUUUCGCAUUUAUUGCUCGCCCCCUUUGACCUUUCCUCCUUGUCCUCGGAUGAUAUCCCAGUACCGUUCGACAAUCUGGGUAAAAUCAAGCCUUUACCGGCGCAUGCGCCAAUGGUAGCAAAGUCUCUACUUUCGGUGGCGCUGAAAUAUGUCAAUGUCCCUGGUAAAGAACGGGAGGCUGCGACUCUUUUGCUUGCGCGGCUGGUUCUGCGGCGGGACAUGCAAGCCCUUGGGCUCCUGACUAAUAUUACAGAAUGGGCGUUUGCUGUCUUGGAUCCUGGAAAAAGCGAAGAGCUUCCUUCUGUCUACACUUGUAUAGGUGUUUUGUCUUUUCUGGGGCGAUUGGGCGCUUCGGGGCAGGUGGAUGAGUUUGCGCCCUUGAUCAUUCCCAUCUUUGAACGCACUCUGCAUAUUGCACAGGAGCGAACGGGUGUAUCUGAGAUCAUCACUUCGUCUGCUCUUGCUCGCAAGACUAUCAUCAAGAUUCUGCGAAAUGUGACAGGCAUGGCACUGUCACUUAGCGAAAAACCAAAGAGCCCAAUUCCAGAGGACAAAGUUUCUUCGAUUCUGGAAGAUACAAUCGAUCAUUUGUUGAUGUCUCUCGCCGACAAGGAUACACCUGUCCGCUUCGCCGCAAGCAAAGCACUCAGUAUCAUUACUCUAAAGUUGGACUCUGACAUGGCGUCCGAAGUCAUCGAGGCUGUCACUGGCUCCCUAGAAGAGAAUAUACUUUACGAGAAGCCGGGUGGCACAAUUGUCGCACCGUUCGAAGCGCGAAAGACCGGGUUGCAUCUACUUAAGCGAAACCUGAAUGCGGUAGAUGCGCAAAGGUGGCAAGGGUUGAUACUAACACUGGGGCAUUUACUCUUUCGACGCGCUCCUCCAACCCAUCAACUUCCACAUGUACUGCAGCCGCUAAUCUCCGGUCUCGAUUUUGAACAACGAUCGUCUACGGGAAGCUCGGUAGGCACCGGUGUUCGAGAUGCUUCGUGUUUCGGAAUAUGGGCAAUUUCUCGCAAAUACACGACCCAAGAACUGUUGACCUUGAACACGCAAACGAUAAGCACCCCCUCGCGCCAGGAUGAAAAGAGCAUCCUGCAGAUGCUGGCAACAGAAUUAGUAUGUGCCGCUUGUAUGGAUCCUUCAGGCAAUAUUCGAAGAGGCGCCUCUGCUGCUCUACAGGAGCUGAUUGGCCGCCAUCCCAACACCAUUGCCGAGGGGAUUUCAUUAGUCCAGGUGGUGGAUUAUCAUGCAGUUGCGAGGCGAUCACGAGCGAUGAUUGACGUUGCGAAAGCCACCGCUGCACUAAGUCACCAUUACUGGAGUCCACUUGUGGAAUCUCUCCUGGGCUGGCGAGGAAUCGCAUCUCCUGAUGCUGAGUCCAGAAGACAGGCCGCAAAAGCAAUCGGAGAACUCAGUAUCCACGAAUCGUACAAGACGAUUAGCGUAGUGCUUCAUCGAUUACGGCAUAAGCUAUCGAGUCUUCCUCGCGGGGACGUCGAAGCGAGACAUGGCUGUUUGCUGUCUAUUUCCGCCACAGUAGAUGCCUUUAAUGCACACAAAGCCACAGCGAGUGACAGCAAGGAGCAAUCCGAAGCCAUUCUCGUUGCCCAACAAGUUACCGACCUCUGGGACAUUUUUAGCUCAGCAGUCGGCCCUACCAAGGAUGACCUAACACUCCAAAUCUCUCGACCGGAAUUGACAGCUGAAGCCUCAUCGCGCUUGAUUCGUUCGCUUUCCCAAUCAGUUACCCAAGGAAAUGAGCCUACUUGUUCUCAGCCAUCGUCUUCUUCACUGGACAGAGCACAUGAGACCCUCUUGCUAUGUUUAUCCCGGAGUGAAGAGGUUGCUAUAGGAGCAUCGUCUGAAGCUGUAUCCGAGUUCUUCCCUCUUCUAUCGUCGUCUAAACAGGAAGAAACGAUCCAAGAUUGGUUCGCACACAUUCGCGCUACCUGGAAGCUGCCGACGGGCAGAGGACAGAUCUCGGUUCUAGGGGCGGUGUUCAGGCAACUUGAACCCAUCAAUAGUCUGAAACAGUCUGUGAUCGAGACAUUGCUUCACUGCACUGAUAAGGAGGAGUUGAUCGAGAAGAGGGUAGUAGCGGUCAAAAGCCUGACUACAGGGGUUUUGCCCUAUAUCGCUAUCACGGAGGAUAUUGCGAAUCAUAUCAUCAGAUUCCUGAAUGACUAUACAACCGACAGGCGAGGCGAUGUUGGGUCCUUGCUGAGACUGGAGGCAAUUCAAGCGGCAAAGUUUAUCCUUCAACAUCAAUCUCGUCCAGAAUCCCGCUCUAUCUAUGCUCAGAAUAUAGUGGGCUGUCUUUGCCGGCUUGCUGCAGAAAAGUUGGACAAAGUCCGGCUACAAGCUUGGAUUUCUCUACAGGAAUUCUGGUCGUCGGCCGAAGACUUUCCGCCGUUACAGAAAAAAUAUGACCAUUUCAGCCAUGUGUCUUCGACCGAAUACUUCGUUCAGUUACUUCGGCUGCAAGCGAUCGAUUGGCUACGCUUACCAUUGUUUCAGGGAUUGGCAACAUCUGCUGUUGCGGGUGCUGAAGGGCUCGUCCGUUCUACUCGCCUAGCACUUGUGCAGAGUCUCGGCAGCUACAGUGGGACGGAGCAGCAGAUCGAAGCGUGCGCCAUUUUGAAGGACCUUGGAGUCAUAUUGAGCGAUAAUCUGCACGAUGACCGCUACGCCAUACCGUCAAUGGAAUUUGCAGCCUUUCUCGUGGAUGGUUAUGUCUCCUCCGUGCCUGAAGAGUCUGAAUCAAGUUUCCGAAAGCUCUUCGUACUUGUGCAAAAGGCACACUUUAAGACCACGAAUAUGGCAAGGCUCGAAGCUGCAAUCAGAGUCUACGCUCCUCUGUGUCGGUUGGAACAUCUAAGGACAGACGUCCUGAAGAAGAUGGUCGGAAUGCUCUUGCAUCCGUUUCCAAGGAUCCGUUCAAGCGUAGCAGACUACCUAUUCAUGGAGACGGGGUCAGACCUUGUGAGGGACGAGGAUUGGACCAAGCCCCCAAAGCAACUCAAGGGCCAAGUCGAGAAUUUGCGGGCGACGUUGUGA